AUGAAAAUUAAGUUGAUUGAACUUUUAGGAGUAUUUGCACUUUCUUCUAGAUCAAAGUUUAUUGAUUAUAUUCCAACAUGUGUUCAAAUGUCAAAUUACGUAUGUCAGUUAGAAAGAGAUUCAAAUCCCAUAAUUGUUGAUAAGAUGCGCCAGAAGACUCUCAAGAUGCUCUCAUGUAUUGUAAUAGCAGUUGGAAAUAAUUCUACAUUGUGUGAAACAUUACCUGAAAUUAUUUUUUGUUUAAAAGUUUGUAUAGAAGAUAAUAAUGCCUAUCGUAAUUAUGAUCAGGAAUGUGCAGGGUUGAUUAUUGAUCUAUAUAAUGCUUUUCAAACAAAUGAAGUUAAAGAUUCAGUAUUCAGAGGAUUUGUUAAUGAAAUAGAAAUUUAUAACACAGUUGAAAAAUCUCUUAUUAAUCAAUUAAAGGAUGUCCUUGAAUUUUAA